CUGACACCAUGAAAUAAUGAAGAGGAUGAAAACUGGAAAGUCGUAUUUCAAGUUCAGGAAGUUUGACAGCUUUGUCUAUUAAAAAACCCCGGAGAGACUCACACAAGUAGCAUUUUAGAGGUGCUUGUAUUUGAGGAAGACUUAAGCAUACGAGUUAAAGAAGGAGAAGAAAAUGAAAUAUUUACUAAGUUUCUGCAUCUUUUUAUCAAGUUUAUCGUGCCACUUUUUCUAUGGUGAAAGUCGACAAGAAGCCAGAGCCCCAGGUGACAUCAUUAUUGGAGGACUGUUCCCAAUACAUGAAAGUGCUGAAGUUAGUUAUGCCAGUGGCAAAGAAGAGUGGACCUGUAGCAGGGUAAGCACCGCUCGGCUGGCGCAGUCCUUGAUGAUGGUGCAUGCGGUGGAGGAGAUAAAUGAAAGGCGUGAGUUGGGGAACCUCAAACUGGGAUAUCACAUAGUGGACUCUUGCGGUGAUGUUACCACUGCUUUAAGAAACACCCAGUCUUUCAUGAGAGGAAAUGAUCGUACACAGCAGUCUCCUCCACCUGUGCUAGCUGUUAUUGGUGAUUCUUACUCUGAGAUAUCCAUAGCAGUUACACGGCAGCUUAACCUGGAGAACAUUCCUCAGAUAAGCUAUGGUUCAACUUCUGGUCUCCUGAGUGAUAAAAACCGUUUCCCAAGCUUUAUGAGAACAGUACCAGAAGACGAUCACCAAGCGCGUGCCAUCAUCGAGAUUCUGAAGUAUCAUAACUGGACUUGGGUUGGUGUUGUAACAACUGAUGGUGAAUAUGGUCGCUAUGCAGUUGAACGCCUCAACCACCAUGCAAACAAGAACAACAUCUGCAUUGCCUUCACCUCAGUUCUGCCAGAUUUUCUUGGAGAUAAAAUGCUUAAUGACAGCAUUGACUUUGCAGUGAAAAGCAUUACUGAAAGUAAAAAUGUUCAAGUCAUUGUGUCUUUUGCAAAGUCCAACCAUAUGAUGUACAUUUUUGAUAAGCUUCUCAAGAAUCCCCAAGGCAGAGGGAAAGUUUGGGUGGCUAGUGAUAGCUGGUCACAAUCAACUAAUGCACUCAAUACAACAACCUGGAAAUUGGAAGAUGUUGGAACAGUCUUUGGGACCAAUUUUAAAUCUGGAAACUCAUCCAAGUUUAUACAGUUUCUCCGCAAUCUUGAUGUAAAUCCAGCUCAUUCCAAGAACAACUCAUUUUUGAGUGAUUUUUUAAAGGGGGAAAAGACUGACAGUUCCAAUGGAACAGCCAUUGCUCAACUGAUUAACAAGACAAGUCCAUAUGCCGUGUUCAGUAUUGAUUUGGCAGUUAAAGCAAUUGCUCAGGCUGUUACAGACCUCUGCAUCAACAGAAAGUGUAAUGUAUCCACAUUGGAAACCUUGAAAUUCCGAGUUGCCUUACGGAACACAAUGUUCUUCAUGGAUGGGAAAAACUAUUCAUUCGAUGAAAGAGGUGACAUAGACUCAGGUUAUGAUGUCAUCCUUUGGAAGGAGCCCUCACCAUCUUUUCUGAAUACAAACAACAUUGUAGGUUUUUAUGACAUCAAAAACCAAAGCCUGACCUUCAACUCAGAUAAAAAACAAGACUUGUACCAUCUCACUGAAGUGAUUUCCAGGUGCUCAGUCAGCUGUGAACCAGGUGAAAGGAAGAUGUCAGCUGAAGGCCAACCAGUUUGCUGCUAUCAGUGUGAAAAAUGUCCAAAGGACCAUUUUUCCAACACAACUGAUUCCCCUGCGUGUCAUCAGUGUGAUACUUCCACCCAAUACUCCAAAGAGGGUAGCUCAAAUUGUACUGAAAAAGAAGUUGUCUACCUGAAGUGGAAUGAUAAGUAUCAUAUUGUAGUGCUAGCAUUUACAGCUCUCGGAGCUUUGCUUUCCCUUGUUGUUGGGAUCAUCUUCAUCUCAUGCUGGAAAACGCCUGUGGUGCGCUCAUCUGUGGGCCCCAUCUCCAUCCUCCUCCUUACAUCUCUUUUUACCACAUUUGUUAGUGUACUAUUAUUUGGUGGAAGACCCAACGAAUGGCAGUGCAAGGCACGACAAGUGCUGUUUGGUUUGAGUUUCACGAUGUGCAUCUCCUGCAUCUUGGUCAAGUCAUUCAAAAUCGUCUUGGUCUUUGAAUUUAAUCCCAAAACAAAAAGUUUCCUGAAGACACUCUACAAGCCUUAUGUGAUUAUUGCCACAUGCAUGGCAGGUCAAGUGCUGAUCUGUGCCAUUUGGCUUGCACUCAAGUCUCCAAUGCCUAUGUGGGAUAACAAAGCACCAGACAAUCAGCUUUUGAUGUACUGUCAUGAGAAUUCAACAUCUUUAUUUGGUGCCAUGCUAGGCUAUAUUGGCUUUUUAGCUCUCAUUUGCUUGGGUGUGGCAUACAAGGGAAGAAAGCUGCCUCAAAGUUAUAAUGAUGCUAAGUUCAUCACCUUUGCAAUGCUGAUAUUCUCCAUUGCCUGGAUCAUCUUUGGCCCUGUUUAUGUUACUGUCACAGGAAAGUACCUUCCAGCAGUUGAGAUGGUCGUCAUCCUCCUCUCAGCCUACAGCAUCUUGUUUUGUCAGUUCCUCACAAAAUGCUACAUUAUUCUUUUCAAGCAGGAAGCAAACACAGUGACUGCAUUUCGUCAAGAUAUAAGGAACUAUUCCUUGGGUAAAGACACAGAGGAGAACUCUAUUGUGAUACAAAACCCUGUAUUAUCCAUGGAGUCACUUCCAAACCUAGUGCCAUCUGAUCCACUGACUGAUCAGAGGUCAUUCAAUAAUCCUCCUGUGACACCAUACCCUUCUUCUCCGGUAUUAAAUCCUUCACCCACCAUGCCUCAGGCCAACCUCAGGCUGGAUCGCAAGAGGAAACAAUUGCAUAGAUAUUUAAGUUUACCAGAAUCAGCAGCACAUUAUUCACGAUAGUUUAAAAUGUUAAUUGAAGCACAAAAUAACUAAGACCGCACUGCCUGAUAUUUCCUCAUUUUUUGUUACUGUUACUGUUAUUGUUACUGAUUAAUUUUCUGUUUAUUGAUAGAUUGACAAACUACUUCAGCUUUAAAUUAUUUAAGAUCUACUGCCUUUCAACAGUUGUAACAUUUUCAUUAUUGACUGAUUGUUUUAUUGACUGCUCUCAACAAAUUAUUUUAAUUACUCUAUAAAAUAUCAAAAACAUGUUUGUAUGUCAAAAUCUGAUCAAAAAUCCAAAAGCUGUAAUUUUUCAUGAAUUCACACACAGUGCGGAGAGACUGUUCAACCCCAAUGAAAUCUAAUUGGGAUUGAACAGUUCAAAUAAAAACUGAUUGAAAACAGCAUUCUUCAAAGUCUGCAGAUAAUAUUUUGCUAUUUUUUUCUGCAUAUUUGUGAGGUAAUCCAAAUGUAAUCUCAACAUUCUCUCUCUCUCUCUCUCUCUCUCUCUCUCUCUCUCUCUCUCUCUCUCUCUCUCUCUCUCUCUCUCUCUAUAUAUAUAUAUAUAUAUAUAUAUAUAUAUAUAUAUAUAUAUAUAGGUUAGCUGUUUAGGGAUUAUUCCUUGGGAAAAUAUGCACAUUAGAGCUUGCAUGGGAUCCUAUGUCGUUACGAAGACUGUUCUUGUGGUAACAUGAUAAUUUAUCUCGUUAUGUCAUGAAAACAGUUUUAAAACAACAAGCGAGUCCGGCCGCUCUCAGCUUCCCUUGGAUUCAGUACCACAGAGUCAUCGUCAAACACAGUAUCACCUGAUCCCUUGACUCAUCGUAUGUCACUAAGUUACAUGUUAGUUACAUUUGAGUGACUGAGCACAUUGCUUGAAAUUGUCAUGGUCAUUAUAAGAAUGAAUGCCGAUUAUUUUUCCAUUUGUUGACUGAUCACUUUAUUGACUUAUUGGUUUAACUUGAAAUGUCAGAGUAUUAAAUGUAAAAAAAGGAGAAACUGCUCACAACAAAAUAAUUAAAUGAUUUGAUGAAGCUGUUUGUCAUAUGAGAAGUACAAAUGAGCGUAAUGGCCAAUCACUGACAAAUAAUUAUAAUUGUAAUGAUAAAAA